GUUCAAAUAAAGUUAUACUCGAGUUUCGAGAUCAUCAGGUGUACUCGUGGAUCCGGCAUGUCUUCGAAUGUUAAAAUCGAUAAUUGGGAUAUUACUGUCAUCGUCAUAUAUUUUAUCGGUGUUUUAUUAACGGGGUUCAUUGCAAUGUUCGCCAGCAGGCGGGGGACAGUCAGUGGGUUUUUCCUCGCAGGAAGAUUCAUGAGUUGGAUACCUAUUGGUGCAUCUCUGUUUGCUAGCAACAUCGGUAGUGAACACUUCAUUGGACUUGCUGGUUCUGGAGCGGCAAGUGGAUUAGGCGUUGGAGCGUUCGAAUUAAACGCUUCCAUUCUACUUCAACUGCUAGGCUGGGUCUUCCUACCAGUGUACAUCGCGAGUGGAGUGUGCACUUUGCCGGAGUACAUGAAGCGAAGAUUUGGAGGAAAUCGAAUACAAGUUUACCUCGCGGGCCUUUCUCUGCUUUUAUACGUGUUUACGAAAAUAUCGGUUAAUCUUUAUUCAGGAUCUUUGUUUCUAACUGAAGCGUUACAGUGGAAUAUUUGGGUUUCCAUUUUGCUCAUUCUGGCCUUCACUUCGCUUAUUACAAUAACAGGCGGCUUGGCAGCUGUGAUCUACACGGACACGUUGCAGUGCUUCAUCAUGGUUGCUGGUGCUCUGGUUCUAGCCAUACUCAGUUACAUCCGUGUUGGAGGAUUUCCUGGUAUCGUCGCAGGUUAUGGCCGAGCCAUUCCACAUAUCGACCCGUAUUCAGCGGAAGGAGCACAGAUGCUCGUUGACCUGGCCAACAUAUCCACACUUACAAACAGCACAUCACUGGCCACGUUGGUAACCCACCCUAAUCUUGGUUCUGGCUUAGGAUGCAGUAUUCCCUCACCCAAAGCAUUCCGGUUGUUGCGUGAGGUUGAUGACCCAGACAUGCCAUGGCUUGGAUUCAUCCUGGGUCAAACUCCAGCGUCCAUCUGGUAUUGGUGUGCUGACCAAAUGAUGGUACAACGUGUCUUGGCAGCAAAAAGUUUGUCGCAUGCCCAAGGUGGUACUUUGAUGGCCGGCGUUAUCAAACAGCUGCCGUUGUUUAUAAUGGUCAUUCCCGGGAUGAUCAGUCGGAUGCUUUAUCCCAAUGAGGUGGCGUGUAUUCCAGGCGAGCAAUGUUUGCGAGUUUGUGGACAACGCAAUGGAUGUUCUAAUCUUGCCUACCCGAAACUGGUUGUCGGUUUGAUGCCAUCAGGUCUACGCGGCUUGAUGCUUUCAGUGAUGUUGGCAGCGCUCAUCUCGGACUUGACAUCUAUCUUCAACUCAGCCAGUACUUUGUUCACAGUCGACAUUUAUCAACGGUUCAGAAAAAGCGCUCGUGAAGCUGAACUGAUGAUUGUCGGUCGGGUUUUUGUCGUCGUCCUGGUCAUGGUGAGCAUUGCAUGGGUACCCGUGAUUCAGCAAUUGCAAGGCAGCCAGCUGUUUAUUUACAUACAGGCUGUUUCUGCCUGUCUGGCUCCACCCAUAGCUUCCAUCUACUUGUUGGCCGUCCUCUGGAAACGCUCUACGGAAUCGGGUGCAUUCUGCGCGCUGGUGUACGGACUGAUUGUUGGUCUCGUCAGAAUGAUCCUAACUAUUAUAUACAGCGAACCCGUUUGCGGCGAAGCAGACUUACGUCCUGCAAUUGUUAGCAAAGUUCACUACAUGUACUUUGCGUUGUUCUCAUUCCUGAGUUCUGGAUUAAUACUGGUAAUCAUUUCAUUCUUCUCUGAACGUCCAAAACCUGAGAACCUUCACCGCCUAACCUACUGGACCGCAUGGGAUCCAACGGUACCAGCGUGUGAGAUCACUGAAGGAGAAGGGGAUGGGAACGUUCAAGAACACUACAGGGUGGUAGAUGUGCUGAACAUGGAGAAUCAAAAAAACAUCAAAUCGGCUGGUGAAGUCGUGCGAGAUCAACCUUAUGGCCACAGUUUUCAUCAAGGUUUCGAUACUGUCCUUUCUCCGGACAAAGUGAAUUCUGGACUGCAAGUUGAGAAGUAUCCGGAAGAUUAUGUUUCAGACACAGAGGUUCGUUCACCAAGCCUCAGUUGCCCAUGUGCAUGUAAAUGUGAAUCUCGUUCUGGUCGAUGUCUACUGCAUUUAGCGAAAUGGUUCUGUGGCUGCGAAGACCGACCGUGUUCUGCCGAUGAAGAAGAACGUUGUCUGAAUGCAGUUUGCUGUGGAAAACUUGCUGGAAUUUUUCAGAAAUACCGCGCACCAGACACGGAUCUUGAAGGAAAGACAUUUGCCGAGCGUUACGCGGUUCGACUGCAGAAGAUUAUCUCGCUUUCUCAAGACCCCCGGGCGAAGUGCGCUCUUCGCGUUGGCCUGCUCACCAUUCUCAUCAUAUCCUUAUUUGGCUUCGUCUUCUUUUCCGUGUACUUUGGUUUGACAGAAGCUGGACCUCUACAGAUCAAGUAUGCGGUAAACGUAUCAUUACCGGACAAUAUCAAUUCUGCUAUAUUAUUACUUGAACGCCUAGGGGUUGUUGUUCGAAACUGAUCGGCGAGCAAUCCUUGGUGGCAAACAGUUUCACAUCUUUCCAUUUUAGCAGAUGAUCACACGUUACGCGUGCAUCCCGGUUUUACCAGGAUAUUUAUAUAGUUGUUUCCACAUUUUUCGUACUACAGCUCUGCACCUAUGUUUCUAUGUUUAGGCGCCUCGGUUGGAGAAAAAUUCGUUUCAAUUUAUGCACAUAUGCCUGCUCUUUUUUGCAAAAAAUAAAUGAUAACAACGAU